CCACGCGCAGGGGCGGUUGGGGCCGAUGAGGGUGUUGUGCGUGGGGUGCCCCGGAGGGGUGUGCUGCAGGCCGCCCCUGUCCCAGCCUUCUGGGGGGCGGAUGGGGCCCCGCGCCUGGGGACAGCAGCAGCCCACGGGUGGGUGCCGGAGGGCGGUGGUGCGUUCACGCCGUGCCAAGGCACGCGGACGGUGCCAGGAGGCGCGGUCAGCCCCGAGGUGGGAUCAGGAGAAACUUCCUACCCUGUUUACCAAGAAAUAAGAGGGGGAUUCGUGCAGCCAGUGGGGCAAGGGCUGCAAUAAACGCCACAGUGAUCACCUUAAAGGUGAUUUGUAGAAAGCACCCUCAAAGAAUUGCUUUUGUGCCCCUUUUCUUUGGGCCUUGGGAGCAUGGAAGACCCAGGAUGCUUGCCUGUGCGGGACAGCUUUGCCCCAGGCCUUGCUCGGCCCGCGGUCGGGGCAUCUGUUCCCGCACACGCCGUGCAUCCCUCGACACCGUUUUUUUCUUGCGUGCGUUCCUCAAGCUUUGAGGUUAAACGCGUGGCAAGUGGGAAUUUACCCCAGGCCCCCCGAUGGCCCCACGCUCAGCUUUCAGCCGGGAGGGAACGGGCCUGGCCCGGGGGUCGGCGGGUCGUUUCUCCCUCCGCUGCCCCCCCCCCCGGGGACAAGCCCGGCUCCCGCGGCCCUUGGAUGUUCUCAAUGGCCCGGGACCCGCGUGGGAAAGCGGCGGCGCGGCCCCGCCCCCUGCCGCGAAAAGCCACGCCUCCCUACGGCGAUAAGCCACGCCCCCUCCACGGGAGCGGCCUGGCCCCGCCCCACCUCGUGACGCCAUCAGCGGGCGCCGCGGGGCGGCGGGCGCCCCUGGCGGCGGCGGGGCGGGCGGCGGCGGCGACGACGAUGGCGGCCGCCUCGGUGUGGAAGGGGCUGGUGGGGCUCGGCCUCUUCGCCCUGGCCCACGCGGCCUUCUCGGCGGCGCAGCAUCGCUCGUAUAUGAGACUAACAGAAAAGGAAGAUGAAACGUUGCCCAUAGAUAUAGUUCUUCAGACUCUGUUAGCCUUUGCAGUUACCUGCUAUGGGAUAGUACAUAUCGCAGGAGAAUUUAAAGACAUGGAUGCCACUUCAGAACUAAAAAAUAAGACGUUUGACACAUUAAGGAACCAUCCGUCUUUUUAUGUAUUUAAUCAUCGUGGUAGAGUAUUGUUCCAGUCCCCAGACACAGUGAAUUCCUCUUCAAACCAAGAUGCUUUGUCAUCCAGCUCAUCACUGAAAUUUCGAAAACUUGAACCUCUGCGCCGCUAAGACUUUUACAGAUUAUAAUAAUAAUCCAGGACACUGAGAUGUAAUAUUCAAGUCGGGGAUGUAAACACUUUUUUAAUUUCUGGAGCAGUAUUUAUAUUGAUCUUCCAGACUUUAUAAAGUAUAUAUAUAUAUAAACUAAGGACCUUCUUUGUACACUGUUAAUGAAAAUGACUGAAUUGUGAAUUGGCAAUGCAGUGUAAAUUAUUCUACAGUUAUGCUGUGAAACACAUCUUCAGAUUUUCAUAUAUUAAAACAAGUUGCAGCUGACUUCAGUUAAAACAAAAAGCAAGCUAGUUUUUACUGCAAUUAAUGUUCUUUGACAAGAGGGAAUGUUCGAGUGCUAUUUAUUUUCUCAGUUUGCUUGCACUACAGUUUAUGGAACUCCUUCAGAAAUACUGUGUGCACUGCAUCAGUUAACAGCAGAAAAAGGGGCAGCGUCUCCUGUUCCUAGAAUGCCUAGGAGACCUGCAUGGUAUAGGCACGGGAAGUCAAAAAAGAUUGCUUUCAUUUUUAUUUUUUUACAAUGCUGAAAAAUAGUUGUGUGAAGGUUGGUUUGGUUUUUUUUUUUCCUAGUUUUUCAUUAUCACGUUAUUUCCUUGUUGCCCUCCUUCGUUUAAAUGUAAACUGUCCUAUGUUGCCCCAAGUUGCCUGGGAUGUGGCUGUACAUUUGGUGCCUGUGUGAGGGAGGCAGCUCACGUCUGAUCACGUAGAUUAUCUACCAUGCUCAGCUUGUUUAACCACUGUAUUUAUGUUCUCUUUGGUCGUGAAUACGGGAAUGUUCAUCAGACGGCUGAAUGCUGUGUUGGCACCAGUUACAAGUUCCCAAGUCAUCUUCUACGAGAAGUAUUUAAGUAUCAAUAAGAAAUAUCCAUUCUGUCAGUGGUCCAGGGGUAGGGUCCAGCAGCUGGGUCUGUCUGCUGGCACUAGUACAGUACAGGCAAUCAACCGGUCGUGGUACAACUACCCCCUUUUCUGCCAACAGAGCCUUUCAAUUUGAUUUCUUUUUUCCAGCUGAGCCCUUCAUUGAUUUAAGAUUACUGUCUUGAUUUCAUAUAUUAGGACAGAUGAUACAGUCCAUAACUCUUACUGACAUCUAAAUUCUCAUCUCCCCUUAGGGGCUGAAUCAAUGCUAAAAUUUCUCUUGGUCUGGCAUUCACCUACCUGACAUAGCAAAGGGAUGGUAGUUUGAGAUAAUGAUGGGGCCAACUAGAAUUUUGCCUAGUCUGAGGAUGUCUCACUGCCACCGUAGAAACUCAGCCUUUUGUCCUAGCAUCUGUUUUUUUAAAACUGUUAAAAACUGUCAAAAGCAAAAAGCUUAGCAAAAAUACUGUGUAAACUGAAGCCUCUUUUUCUAGCUCUGCCCGUCCUAUGGAUUGGGUGCCCCAGUGCUAGAGCAAUAUCCGUAGCUGCUGCUCUACAAUCACUCUUAAGCGUCUGGGUUUGGUUAGAAAGGGUUACUCUGCCAGCUGAAAGCGUCUGAGCUGCCAGAUUACUUCCUAAAGUGUCCUGGUUCCCCCCUAGCUGGUGUCACAAAUCAGCUCCUGCCAGCUGCUGUCACCAAAGGCCUCAAAAAUAGUAAGUAUCAGGUCAGCUCUCUGUUGCGGACAAAGCUCUUUCCUUGGGGAAGAGGGCUGCUGUGCGGCAGCUGCCGCAUGGAGGAAAGGACUGAACUUGGGCCAGGUGACCUUGCGAGGCACAGAGGAAAGACAGAAUUAGCAGAGGGAGGGAGAAGCAAGGCAGAAGGUCAGUAACCACUGUACCAGACUGAUACUGCAACUGUGGUUGGCAGUGAGCCGUUUGCAGAGGGUCUCUUGGAGCAGGGCUGCUCACCCUUAAUGUCUAAGAAGCCCCAUUUGCGCUACCGUAAGGCUACGUGGACCUGCCCGAGGUGGAAGGUGCUGCUGCAGGACAGGGUGAGUGGAGAACGUCAUCCGCUUCUCCGAGCAGGUCCUGCUAGGAACACCCUGUUGGCUGCAUCAGGUCUCUUCUCAUUGCAAGUAGCCUUACUCUUCAGCAGCAAUGGUUAUAUCACAAAGCUGUACAAAUUAUUUUUUCUUAUUGAUCUCGCAAUGUCCAAUAAAAAUUGAUAUCCUUAAA